AUGUCGAACACAAAAGGCACAUGGAACACCGGUGAACAGAUCCGUGAGCACAAGCUCGCUUGCUCGAUCAUCAACCUGCAGGGCACCGAGGAUGCAGUGUUCGACCAAGACAGCCUGAACUUGCUCAAGCGCUUUACUGAUAAUGUCUCGGUGGCCAACCGGGACGAGAUCUUGCGGGAACACGACUGGGUCGACGAACCUGACGAGCGGCCCGGCCACAGGGCUGGAGCCAAGAGCGGAAGUCUGGUAGGCUUGCUGAUCGCGCGGUACGGUAUCCAUGACCCCGCCCUAGAUGAGCGAGAUUGGGAGCUUCUCACUGAGUGGAUGGGAAAGGGGAUGCCGGUGGGAGAGCACGUCGAGCGAUGA